GUUGGUGAAGAGGCAAAAGGGUUUUCAGUAGGACAGAUAAUGGAAUCUCCUCCUUAUCUCAUAUUAACUCCCCUUUGUUUUUUCUUCUCCUAGAAUUUAUUUCUCCACAACAACACACCUCCGGUCUCUCUCCUUCAAUUUUUCUAAAUUCUCGAAAAUUUAUUAUUUAUUCAUAUAUUUAUGGAGGGCAGCACCGAUUGUUGUUCAUCAAAUCUCGAUGAUAAAAGAAAGCACUCUAAGCACCAGGAGAACACCAAGAUCUACAGAGGAAUCAGGAUGCGCAAGUGGGGAAAAUGGGUGGCCGAGAUUCGGGAGCCGAAUAAACGGUCUCGGAUUUGGCUCGGCUCGUAUUCGUCCCCGGUUGCGGCGGCUCGGGCGUAUGACACGGCCGUGUUUUACCUCAGAGGCCCCUCGGCUCGGCUUAAUUUUCCCGAGCUGAUAACGGAUGAGCCAGGGGAUCAGCUUCAUGACUUGUCUGCGGCUUCUAUUAGGAAAAAAGCUACUGAGGUUGGAGCUAGGGUUGACGCUCUUCAGGCCUCUCAUCAUGGUUCUAAUGAUUCUUCGAAUGUUUCGAAUUCGGGUAGGGUUUAUCACAAACCUGACUUGAAUGAGUUCCCGAGCCCCGAAUCAUCAGAAGACAACUAGAGCACCUGAACAUGAUAUUCAGGAGAAGUUGCAGGAGUACUGUUUCAUCCAGGGAAUUAUUUAUAUAUUCUUAUUUUUUGUUUGUUUUAGAAGUAUAUUGUGUAAUCCAAAGGGAUUAUAUUACAUAUAUUUGAUGAGGGUACCUCUUGAUUAAAAUUACUCGCCUAAUAAUGUGUAGUUUCUUAUUGUAUGAACUGUUUUUAUUUUUGUA